UCCCUCGUCUCGCGGGGGGCUGGCGGACGGAGCUCCUACGUCACGUGGUUAUCUCCUCCAUUGCUGGCUGGUCGGACCAAGAAGAGACGAGCUAACCUAGCGAGCUAACUGACUCGCACCGCUAGCCGUUUGUAACCCGGGACAGUCGCGUCAAGUCACCUCAAACACGGUCCUAUUUUCCCUUUUGAUUCGGAGGCACCACCGCUGCUGAUUUGCCCCUAAAGUCGCCUUCUCCGCUCCAGGAGAAAACGAAGUGGAGCCAUGUACAAUGGCAUCGGCCUGACCACACCUCGGGGCAGCGGCACCAAUGGCUAUGUGCAGCGCAACCUCUCCAGCCUGCGGGCCAAGCGGCCGCGGGACGAGCGUGGCGGCGAGCGGGACGAGAAGGACCGCGAGAGGCUGGAGAGCCAGCUGAACCGGCAGCCCAACGCAGAGAUCCUGGAGCACCAGCGCAAGAGGCAGCUGGAGGUCAAGUGUGCCGAGCUCCAGGACAUGAUGGAGGAGCAAGGGUAUUCUGUGGAGGAGAUCGACGAGAAGGUCAACAGCUUCCGUAUGAUGCUGCAGGAGAAGCAGGAGCCUGCACCAGCCACAACAGAUAGGCCAGCGGCGACCGAGACUCACGCCCUGGCCGCGGCCAACCAGCAGAAGAACGACCGGCUGCGUGACGCGUUCGGCAUCUCCAAAGACUACGUGGACGGCUCGUCCUUCCACCCGGAGCGCAAGGAGCGGGAGAAGGAGAAGAGGGACCAAGAGCGCCUUGAAAAGGAGAAGCAGCAGCAGCAACAGCAGCAGAAAUAUGUGGUGAUAGAAGAGUCUGAAGAUUCGGAUUCCCCUCCCAGGAAACAAAGCCGGAAGAAGAAAAAGAAGAACAAGAACCGCGACAGCUCGGAGAGUGGCUCCCCCUCUCCCAGACGAGAGAAGAAGAAAUCCAAGAAGAAGAAAAAGAAGAGGGAGGCCUCAUCAGACGACGAAGAGGAGAGCAACAGUUCUUCAGGAGAGAAGGCAAAGGCCUCCAAGAGGAAGCGGAAGAGCGAAGCGGCCGUCUCGCCGGACGCCAAGGCUGCGCGUGCCACCAGUAUCUCAUCUGGCUCUGCUCGAAGCCCAUCUCCCAUGCUCCCGAGGGCACGGCAACCGGACCAGCCGGUCAAAAGAGCGGAUGAGGGCCGAAGGGGGCGGUCCCCGGAUGUGAGGGGGCGUGGCCCCGAGGAGACCAGCCCAAAGCGCCAUGGCAACAGGGGGAAGUCUCCCGUAGCCCACAGCUCACCGGAACACCAGCGGGCCAACAAGGAGAAGAAACGGGCCACCGACAAGGUCUCCUCCAAGAGGCAGGACUCGCGCUCUCCCUCUCCGGCGCCACAGCAACAGGAGAAGCCCCGGGGCCGAGAGGUCCCGGACAGGGCCCGGCGCUCCAAGAGCCCGGAACACCGGGAACACCAGGCCAGAGGACGGGAGGUCCACGAGAAACCCAGACGCUCCAAGAGCCCGGUGCAUCGGGACAACCCCAUCAGGGCGCGCCACGUUCAGGAGAGGCCCCGGCGCUCCCAGAGCCCCGCACACCGCGACAAGGGCCGGCGCUCCAAGAGCCCGGAACACCGGGAGCAGGCCCGAGGGCGGGAUGUUCAGGAAAAACCCAGGCGCUCCCGGAGCCGAGACGACAAGGGGCAAGGCCGGGCGGCCCCUCAGAAGAACAGACACGACUCCUCCUCUUCGCCCUCGCCUCCCCCUCGCCCCGUCAAAAGCCGAGAGGCCGAGCGGGAAAAGGACGGGAAGAGGCAGGACAGAAAGGCGAGACAGGACUCGUCUUCCUCGCGCUCUCCGCCACCACAGAGGGACCGCGGGAGGCGGGACAGGAGCGGCGACCGCGAGCCCCGGAAGGAGAGGGAUUCCUCGCGGGACCGGGCCUCCGGCAGGCCCAGAGGGAGGGAGAGGGACUCUUCCCCGCCUCGGGGACAGAGGAGCAACAGGGGGAGGUCCUCUCCCGCCCCGGCCCUCACCAACGGCCAGCAGAAGGGCCGAGAGGGCGAGGCCAAGGCCCGGAGGGCGAGGGACAGCGGCUCGGAGGAGAGGAGCGUGACCCGGGGCAACAAGGAGGGCGAGGAGGAGGCGGCGGCGCAGCGCGGCCGCCAGUCUGGAGCCAACGCCCGGCGGGAGCCCGCUCGGUCCCCCUCUGGCGAGAGACGCCCGGACGGACGCGGGAACGCCGCGGUCAAGGGGAGGGAAGUGCGAGUGGAGGUUAGCGCGAGGCGCGGGAAGGAGGCCCCUCCGGAGAAGAAGGAGAAGGCCGGGGCGAAGCAGAAGGCCGGGGGGAAGAGCGGCCAGGAGAGCAGCAGCAGCAGCGGGAGCAGUGACAGCGACAGCUCCUCGUCCUCCUCCUCCUCGUCAUCCUCCGGUUCAUCUUCGUCCUCCUCCUCGUCUGAGGACGAGGGCAAGGCCAAGAAGGCGGCCGCCAAGGAGAAGAGCGCCUCGCCCAAGAGAUCCGCGGGCGUGGCCUCCGUCGGAGGGGCCGUUCAGCGGUAUCUGGCCAACGGAGGGAAGGCCAGCCCCGCGGGCAAGGGGGACGGCCAGAGGCGGAGCCCGGAGAGAGGCGGAGGCGGCGGGGAGGAGAGGGGCCGGGAGCGGGCCCGGGGCCAGGAGCGCUACAGCCCCACCCAGAUGGACAGCCCCAGCCCCCCGCCCGCGUCCCCCCCCAGGAGGGUCACCGCCGUGCCACCGCUGGCCCCCUCCAGGGCCGGAGACUCGGUCGACCGCGGCGGGGAGCGCGACAAGCCCAAGGAGAGGGACGUGGAGAAGAGGCACGAGAGGACCGCCAGCCCCCCCGGGCGGAGGUCCCGCUCCGCGUCACCCAAGCCCCCGUCUGCGGCGGUCCCGUCGCGCCGAUCGCCCUCCCCUCCCCGCCGCACCCCGCCCCGCCAGUACCAGGACCCCCCCGCCCGCGGGCGCAGGCCCUCCCCGCCCCGGCGCAGCCGCAGCAGGGAGCACGGGCGGGACAGGGAGAGGGAGAGGCUGAGAGAGCGAGGCGGGCGGGAGAGGUCCAGGGAGAGGCCGGCCCAGAGGAGCCGCUCCAGGAGCGCCCGCAGACGCAGCAGCCCCCCCUACAGAUCCAGACGUUCCCCCUCCCCACACCGACGGAGGAACAGCCGCUCCCACUCCCGAGAACGGCCCAGGGAACGGCCGCGGGAGAAGGAGCGCGGCGAGCGGGAUCGGGAGCGCGAGAGGGAGCGCGAGAGGGAGCGGGAGCGCGAGAAGGAGGCGGCCCGGGAGAAGGAGCGGGAGCGGAGCCGGCAGCGGGACGCCGAGCGAGCACGGGAGCGCAAGGAGCGCCCGCCGCCCAAGGAGGCGGCGGCGCCGCCACCGGCCCGCCGCUCCGCCUCCUCGUCCUCCUCCUCUUCGUCGUCCUCCUCCUCCUCCAGCGCGUCUUCCCCCUCCCCCCAGCGGCAGAAGAAGGACGCCGUCGCCGCCGCCGAGAAGCCCGCCGCCGCCACGGAGCGGGAGCCCCGAGAGGCGAGCAGGAAAGCGGCCUCCCCCGCCCCCGUCCACCCGGCCAAAGAGCCCCCCGCCUCCUCCUCCUCCUCCAGCCGCGUGCCCCCCCCAGAGGCCAGAGCGGGCCGUGAGAGGAGCCCCGCGCCGCGGCAGGUCAGCCCCGCCCGGGCCGCACAGCCCCCGGCGCCGCGGCCCGAGGGCGCCGUGAACGGGAGGGCGGCCGCGCCCGACAAGAAGGGAAAGAAGAGCGCGAGCUCCGGCUCGUCCUCGUCCUCGUCGUCCUCCUCGUCUUCCUCGUCUUCGUCCUCUUCGGACAGCUCUGACUCGGAGGCGGAGCAGGGGAAAGGUAAGCCAGCUGCUGCAGCUGCUGCGGCUGCUCCUUCCUCUUCAUCUUCCUCUUCAGAAAGCGAAAAGGAAAACAAGAAAAAGAGCCCGGCCAGACCAGCGAGGGUUCCCCAGGACUCCCUGAGGGACUCGCGCUCCCUCAGCUACUCUCCGCCCAGGAACCGCAGAGCUGCACAUUCCCCGCCCACUCGCAAGAGCGGCAGCAGUCGCUCUCCGAGCAGCCGGCAAAGAAGAUGAGUCGUCCCCCCGCCCCCCCCCCCCCGGUGGUCUGAAUGGGAUUGCGUUACGGACUCGAUAACUCAGAUUAGUCGCAGAGCCACGGAUGCGAGAAGGGGCCGUACCCGGCCGUGCCCUGAGGCACGGCGGUCGCGUCUGAUUUUGUGAUUUUCUGUGACCCAGAAGGUUGGCUUUUUUUUUUUUUUUCCUUCUUUUCUUUGUUUUUUUUAAACGGCAAGCCUUUUAUGAUCUAAAGGAAGAAUCGGUUGCAAGGUGCAGUCUUGGAAUUUAGUGGGGUUACUGGAGAAUUUACUUCAUCUCAGACAUAUAAAACACACACAGACAGGCACGCACACAUUCACAGACGCACACACACAGACACACAGACAAACACGCGGACACACAAACACAAAGACACAAACACUUUAUAUAAAUUCACAGUAAUGAAAACGGUAACUCAUGACGGAAUGAUCCCCUGGCUUUCCAUCUGUUCUUGUACUGUAUCCGUCAGUUGCAUUGUUCUAAAUGUAGAUAUGAGCUGUCUGUGUUUUGGUUAAUAUCGAUGAGCAGAAAUGCUGUUUCUAUGUAAUGUGAUUAUGAAACUGCCCCACGUGGUUUCUUUGUGAAAAUGAAUCAUGAUAAUAAAAAGCAGUUGUACAUUUUA